AUGUUUUUGUUGAACAGAUAUAUUUCACUGGUUUCCUACAACUUUUUACAGAUCUCUCAGACCAAGAAGGUUGCCUUGAUCACUGGCAAGGCUAAGUCUCAGGUUACUACUGAAGAUGUUCCUGAUGAACUCCUGGAGAAGACAGAGAAAAAGUCUGAGGAGAAGGGAUCCCUGGCUGCUGUCUCUGAAAGUCUUUUCCUGGCCUUACUGCCUCCUGAAGCCAUACAGCUUGUGGCAACUGGACACAUCACUGAUGUCCGUGCUGAAAAAGCUCUGGUGAAGGCUGAAGCCAAGGAGCUGGUGAUGGCUGGCCUGAAGAUUGCAGCUUCCAAAGUUGUGGAGGACCUCAUAGCAGCAGCCAAUGAAAUGGUUGGCAUGGAUACUUCCCUGGAUACUGAGAUCUCUCAGACCAAGAAGGUUGCCCUCAUCACUGGCAAGGCUAAGUCUAAGGUUACUACUGAGGAUGUUCCUGAUGAACUCCUGGAGAAGACAGAGAAGGAGUCUGAGGAGAAGGGAUCCAUGGCUGCUGUCUCUGAAAGUCUUUCCCUGGCCUUACUGCCUCCUGAAGCCAUACAGCUUGUGGCAACUGGACACAUUGCUGAUGUCCGUGCUGAAAAAGCCUUCAUGAAGGCUGAAGCCAAGGAGCUGAUGAUGGACAGGCUGAAGACUGCAGCUUCCAAAGUUGUGGAGGACCUCAUAGCAGCUGCAGUAGAGAUGGUUCACAUGGCCACUCCCCUGGAUACCCAGACCUCUCAGACCCGGAAGGUGGCCCUCAUCAAUGGGAAGUCUGAAAUUGCUGCUGAGGAUGUUCUUAAUGAACUCCUGGACAAGGUUGUGAAAGAGUCUGAGAAGAGGAGAUCCCUGGCCCUGAUCUCUGUCUCUGACUGCCCUCUCUUGGCCACACAGCUUCCUCAGCUCACCGAUCUUCUUCCUGAGAAGUGCAGUGGAGAGGCUGCCAAGUGUGCUGCAGAUGAAGACAGACAGGUGAAGAAGAAGAAGAAGAAGAAGAAGAAGGGAAUCCGUGCAUUCUUCAGAGGGCUUUGGAAGAGGAUGAUAUGUUCCUCUGUAAUCCCCAAAGAGGACUGAAGCCCUGUCACCUAGGAGUGUCUGUGCCCCUACAAGCAGCACACAAAGUAUAUUUUGAAUCCAAAAUAAAACACUUAUUGGCAUUUCCAAAAAGUUGUGAUCCAUGCAGAUAUGUGUACACAGGUCAAAAAGUACUGGAGCUAAAUGUGUAGUGGGCUCCAGGAUUGUAAAUGAAUCUUACAUCAUGAACAUACUCUACAGUUUAUUUAAACU